CAUCAACCCGGGAAUAGAGAAAUAACGGGGAAUAGGGACUUGGCGGGACGGCGAGGAGCAGGGCCUCUUUGAAGCCCUCUUUGAAGCUGCGACUGUGUGCAUCACCGUCAUCAUCUUCACCAUCAUACUUUUUCUUGACAAGACAGGACGGGGGAGUGCGCCCACCGUGUUGCGGGUGUAUGUGCGUGCGUUUGUCUCCCGGUUUGGAUCACGAUGAUGCAAAGUGCGGCGGUCCUACCGACAGAGAGUCCUGUAAAGGGUUUACCGGAGAUUCUUGGUGUGCCAAUGCAACAGAUCCCUCAGUGUGCUGGCUGUAGUCAACACAUCCUGGACAAGUUCAUCCUCAAGGUGCUGGACAGACACUGGCACUCCAAGUGCCUCAAGUGCGCAGACUGCCAGACGCCGCUGGCCGACAAAUGCUUCUCCCGGGCGGGAAACGUCUACUGCAAAGAGGAUUUCUUCAAACGUUUUGGAACAAAAUGUGCAUCAUGCCAACAGGGGAUCCCUCCAACGCAGGUGGUGCGGAAGGCACAGGACUUUGUGUAUCACCUGCACUGCUUCGCCUGCGUCAUGUGCAGCCGACAGCUGGCCACCGGCGACGAGUUUUACCUCAUGGAGGACGGGAGGCUGGUCUGCAAGGAGGAUUACGAGACGGCCAAACAAAAUGAUGAUUCAGAGGCGGGAGCCAAGCGGCCGAGGACGACCAUCACAGCCAAACAGCUGGAGACCCUCAAAAGCGCCUACAAGAACUCGCCGAAGCCAGCGCGCCACGUCAGAGAGCAGCUUUCCUCUGAGACUGGGCUGGACAUGAGAGUCGUGCAGGUGUGGUUCCAGAACCGGCGGGCAAAGGAAAAGCGUUUGAAGAAGGAUGCAGGUCGGCAUCGCUGGGGUCAGUUUUACAAAAGUGUCAAAAGAAACCGAGGAACCAAGGUGGAGAAGGAAAGCUCAGCUGAUGACGCAGGCCUCAGUGACAGUGAACUCAGCUUCAGAGAGGACCAGAUCCUGUCAGACCUUGGCCACACCAACGGGCUGUACGGGAGCGCCGGGGACGUGGCCAACGGCGGGGUGCUGAAUGGCGGCUUCUCUCUAGACGCGGCGGGGCAGCCCUACCAUGACAUCCGUGCAGGAAGUCCCUACGGUCUCCCCCAGUCGCCCUCCUCCAUUGCCUCUCUGCCCAGCCACACCCCUCUCCUCAACAACCUGGGCUUCAACAUGGACAGUCUAGUGGCACAGGGUGGGCCGGGCGGGGUGGGACAGGCUCUGAGGGCCAUGGCUGGAGGCCCCACCUCAGACCUCUCCACAGGCAGCAGUACGGGAUACCCCGACUUCCCCACCAGUCCCGCCUCCUGGCUGGACGAGAUGGACCAUUCCCAGUUCUGAAGCUAGUGCGGCCGGCCGCUGUAGGGAUUCGUUAACAGGACAAAAACAGAGCAGACUCACAAGGCUUUUUACAUUUCUAUCGCUCUCCAAGACUUGGGUAUGUUCUGUGAUGGCGGCUGAAGAAGAGGAGGAGGAGGAAGAGGAGGAGAAGUGCGGCUUUCAGUUCCUCGGCAGUCGUAACAGUGAGGUAACGGUGGGAUUGAGCUCUGUAGACCGACCGCUCACCGGAGAAGAGCAGUCAAGUACACCUCCUCGCUCAGUGACCGGACAAAAACACCACUGAAUGUUCAACCUUUACAUUGUAUCAUACAGUUUUUGUUAUCAGCAGACUUUGUUUUGUUAUUUCAUUCUCUUAAAACGAGAUUGGAUUUGACGUUUUCAGCAUAAAGGUUGGUGGAUUAUGCUUGCAGGGGAGGUAUUAUUGUCUCAUCCCCUGAAAGAAGCCACAUCAUCCCUAUCUAUCAGCUACAAUGUUAGGGCUACAAUCUAGAUGAAAGUCCCUAGACUAAGGAGGCACCUGCAUGCUUCUGACUCAGAAUGAGUAGGACUGCUGUCCGGCCAUAUUGAAGCCUUUACAUUGGCAAUGCACUUUACUCUCCUCUUCUUUUUCUACAUGUAUGGACAGAGAUGCAGCGAGAAAGAGAGAAAGAGGAGAGACGUAUGCACAAGGCAAAAACACAGUGUUUCAAUGGGAGAGAAAUUUACAAGACAGUGGCACAAGUGUGACUUUUGAACCAUGCUGAUGUUUUUUAAUGUAUUGCUGAAGCUUACCUAACUAAGUUAUUAGGAAGUAGAUGGCCGUUGGUCUGUCUGUCUGUCCGUCUGUCCGUCCGUCUGUCUGUAGAAGCUGAGGUUUCCUCUGUUCGAAUGAGGGCGAACACUGUUUGCUACACAGCAGGUCUCUCUUCUAUAUUUAUAGGUGCUUGACUUGUUCUUGUCUGUGUAAAGGUCUUGUCUGCUGCUGACCUGAGAGCAGACGUCUGUCAGUAUUAUAUUCUCUGUUUUCGAACUCACCAGGAUUCAAGCUUUUUUUUUUUUUUUGUUUGUUUUUUUUUGUUUUUUUUUGUUUGAGCACACUCAUAAAGUGAGAACAAGUUUAGGGCUUAGAGAAAUGCAAUUCUAAACCGUUCUGAUGAUAUAUAGGGCAUCGCAAUUAUUAAUUUGUCAUUUUGAAUGCAAAGAUAUAUUGCAAGGCGGUAUCCAUUUAUAAAACAUGCAAAUUAACUGAAGAUUUCCUUGUGAAUAUUUGUGAGCAAAAUAAACCACAAAUAUGAGACAUUCAUCUUAUGCUCAAACCAACCUUCCCCUCUGAGUGUUGAGAAUUUUGAGAAAAAUCCCCUUGGUGUUUCAUGAGUUAUCUUUAGGUUUUUUUUUUUUUUUUUUUCAAUCUGGUCAGAGCUUCUCUUGGUAAUCUACUGAAUCCAGCAGAGCUGUAGCUUUGUUUGCUGUCAGCCUUCUUACCAGCCCCAGAUGUGGCAUCAGCCUGUCCUCCCUCUGCCUCCGUGUCAGAGGGAUUAGUGAUGUUAAGUCCCACACUACUGUGGCUGAUACUCUGGUGAUCAUCAGCGCUGGUGUGACCGCUGAGCUUGUGCAGGCCACAUCUGAAAGCCGCCUGUUGGGUGAGAUCAGAUGGGACAGAUUCGCCAUAAUCUAGGAUCCCUGUUUCUGAUUCUCUUUAAAUUCUUUGAGCUGCAAGAGGAGCCAAAAGCUCAAUUUGACCUGUUCCUGCAAGUCAAGUCAGCUGCUGUUUCAAGGAUGACAUAAGGGAAGUUUUGCUUACAGAGAACUGCAGCAGGAUCCUAUAAUUACUGCUGAUGUUCCUGUUUUGUCUUAUGAAGAAGUCAUAAAAUAGCUCCUCCUGUAAAAAAAAAAAAAAAAAUCUUAUCUGUUCAUUUUGAAUUCAUCACGAUUUUGUUUGCAAAAAAAUUGCCAAAUCCUGUUUUACCAGGAGAAAACAGCGUCCAAUUUGAUAGCCAGAAAGCAAAUCAAGAAACAGAAGCAAAACCAAUUCAGAAGAUGAUAUACAAACACAUCACCCACAACACUUUUUUUAGUUAAAUCUCUAUGGCCUCAGAACUUUGCGUCUUAAUUGUUGUAAAUUUUGUACAGUUUGAAAACGUGUCGAUCGUCUUGUUUCAUGAGCGCUAUUUAUUAUUGCCAUGUGUCUUUGAAAAAGAUGUAAAAGAGAGCACUGAAUUUAUUCAUUUAUGCCUUCUGUGCAAUGGUAUGAACUGUGUACAGUCAAAUCUAUAUGAGGAAAAAAUAAAGCUGAAUUGUCUUUGG